UAAUACGUAAAAACACUUCGUUUUUCAAAUUAGUUGCAUUUUGUCUUAGCUCGUGAAUAAUGAGAGUGCUUACAAGUCUCUUAAUUAUAUGUGGCCUGGCUCCUACUUUGAUGGUCCAGGCUAAAAUUGAAAAGAUACCCGUGUUUGAAAAGUUACGGGAACAUUUCUACUCCCAAGUUGAUUCAGUUGACUGGAGCCCGUUAAUUAAAGAAUACGUUGUUGACGGCUAUCUACGUGUACCGAAAACAAUAUUACGAAUGAAUCAUGUUAUCAAUUAUCUAGCCGAAGCUGCGAAAAAAACCGCCGCCCUACAAGCGGCCAAGAAGAGAGCUUUAAACUUUAUUGAGAUAAUCAUAAAGUUAUCUAUGAAAAAAAUGGGAUCAGCGAUCAAUAGAAUGAGAUACAAAUUAAUUGUACACUUCCAGGACAAGUACAGUCCGAUCACAACGCCAGCGAGCCUGGGCUAUUUGGAAGCCACUCAAAGCACUGAUGACUACACGACACCGUCCUAUGAUAAUUAUACAAUAUAUGAAGUGGAUAGAGAGAAUAUCGAGAAGGGAUAUUCAAAAUUAUUCAAUGAUUACAGUAUCGACUGGCCGUAGGAAUAAUAGUUUAUAGACAUGUCCAGAAUUCACUAUCGAUGCCCGUUGAUGCAAAUUAUACAAAUAUUUUGUUAUUAUUAAACCAAAAAUCAUUAAAUAUAUUUCAUAAUGUGCAUUUAACUAAAUACUAUCUAAAAAUCAUCGUGGGAAUGAAUUCCUUUUUAGCCAGGAACAUCGCAUAGAAGGGUGAUUCUGAAAUGAGUUGGUUAUUUAAUAUUACAAAAUUUAUUUUAUAUUAUUUUUUCCUAGUUACUACAUCCUUUUGUGAGAAUCACAUAGAAGAGCAAGGGUACAAGACUAUUGUAGACAAUAGAAGUCAUUUUACAUUCGUUAAACAUUUCUUUGAAGCAAAUAAGUAGAACAAAAAAAAACUAAACUAAGCAAUAAAAAAUUGCGAUCAACAAUAACAACAACCCAGUGCGAACCUUCACCUAUUGCAUGAUGCCUUGAAAAGUCAAUAAAUGUCGGCUCAUAACUUAGGCUUAGCAGGGACAGCUUAUCAGAGAACUGUGAGCGCUUUAUAAGGCAGCUGUGGCUCAUCGUCUGCCAACAGUUGGAAGCUAGAAGUUCGCCGUCAUGUCAAGAAUGAUCAAAGCAGUGGAGCUAUCGCUGGUGUUGUUGCUGAUGCCAAUGCUGAUGCAGUGCAUCCCAGAAGUGGCAAUCAGUCAUAUGCAGCAGCUGCUGCAGCUGGACAGCAUAAUUACGAACAGGAUCAGCAUCGCGUUGCAGCAGUUGAGAAAUCAAACUGAAAGUAAGGAGCAGCAAUAUGAACGCCUGGAAAUCGCAUUGGCGUUGCCCAUUUCUCAGCUAGACGAAAAGAUUAGGAUUUACAACGAGUAUCUCGCCUACGAUGCGAUUCGUGAAAAGCAACAGCAACAGCAGCCAGACAACUUGGAGGCAUCCGGCUACGAUCGGGCAGAUGUCUUAGUCGAUAUCAGCGAUAAGGAUAAACAACGUACCGCAGCGUAUAGCGCCUUUGAGAAACGGGUGCUCAAACUACUGAAGAGACUGGACGUCUCCGAUGCAUUCACGAAGCGCGUCUUCAAAGCCAUUUUUAGCGAUGAGGAGCAACUGAAGAAGUUAAAGAAGAAACUCGACAGCCUGGGCGAUGACGCCGACUCGAACUGCUGUCUGUGGGACUUCAUAUUUGGUUUAUACUGAAACAAAAACGAAAAAAAGAAUUUUUUACUCGAUGUAUUUCGACUGAGCUCCAGUUUAUAUAUUUCAAUAUUGAAUUAUUU